CGGGACAUUCCAGUGAGCUGCACAUCAGGAUUGGGAGGGGGUUCCGCUAAACAAACACUUUUGUUACUCUCACUUCACAAUCUCCCACACAGCGAAACAAACAUUAGGCAGACCAGGACACAGAGAGGAGACAACGUUUCUAGGGACCGCACCUGGCGCUUUAACAUUGUUUUAAAAUGCAGAAACGAGCACUGUUUCUCACCACAACAUUUCGGAUUUUCGAGAGAAGAAAGAAAACGUUUGAAUCAAGGCUGUUUCGAUGUUUUAGGAGUUUUCUGUGCUUCUCACUGCUAUGGCUAGUCGCAGCUGGUACAGACCUGAAGCCAUGCCACUCUUCUGAACUCAGUCUCAACCCACCGAGAGUUGUCAGAAAGUACAACAGUUCUGUUUCAGUUAACUGUAGCACUACUGUCCCUCAUGGUGAGAUGGGAUGGGAAGCCACUGAGGGAAGUGUACCCAUGACCAAUGACAGUCUGAUCACCUGGAACAUACAACACCUGAGACAAUGGGACAUAGAGCCAAUCUGCUACAUCAACUAUAAUAAUGGAUCACAAUGUGAAUCACGUCUCCCAAUCACUAUUUACAAGACUCCAGACAGUGUGUCCAUCAGCACAGUGGAUCACACAGGACCAGUGAUUGAGGGCAAACAGUAUAAGCUCCAGUGUGACAUUCAGAAUGUGGCUCCGGUUAAUAAUCUCACUGUGAAAUGGUUCAAAGGAGAGACUCUGGUGGAUCUCACCACCUUCAGUGACAAAACCAAGACUCCAGUGAGUGAAUCUGCAACACUCUUGAUCACUGCAAACAGAACUGAUGAUGGAGUUCAGUACAGGUGUGAAGCAGAACUGGAACUGGGACCAGACGGACCUCAACCUCCUCCUACAGUGACAUCAGAACCUUUCAACAUUACUGUGCACUUUAAACCGAUCAUCAAUGAUAUCAAGUUGCCCUACCAAGUGUCUGUAUUUCGAGGCUAUCCAGUGGUGCUUGUUUGUGAAGCAGAGGGACACCCAAAACCAACAAUCAGCUGGAAACACACCAACAGUUUUGGUGGAAAUCUUACUAUACCAGAAGCAACAUAUGAGACUAAUGGUAUUUACUACUGCACUGCUUCAAAUUAUGUUGGCACCAUCGUCAGACCUGUAACAGUGGUUGUACGAGAGAAUUACUGGCACAUAAUUGUAGCAGUUAUUGUUACCAUAGUGGCGGUCAUCUCAGUCCUCCUCUGCAUCUACUUCAUCUACAAUAAAAAUGCUAAGAAGGGCUAUUUUAGCCCAAGGAGUGCUCAGCCCAAUGCACAAAAUGGACACAGAGCACAGCCAGCUCAAAUCCCCUAUAUUUCCAUCAAAAUUGUAAAUCACAUAGGACCAAUGAUUGAGGGCAAACAGUAUAAGCUCCAGUGUGACAUUCAGGACAUGGCUUCUGUUAAAAGUCUAAUUGUGAAAUGGUUCAAAGGAGAGACUCUGGUGAAUCUCACCACCUUCAAUGACAACACCAAGACUCCAGUGAGUGAAUCUGCAACACUCUUGAUCACUGCAAACAGAACUGAUGAUGGAGUUCAGUACAGGUGUGAAGCAGAAAUGGAACUGGUAGCAGAAGGACCUCAACAUUCUAGAGGGACAUCAAAACCUCUUAACAUUACAGUUCAUGUUAAACCGAUCAUCAAUGAGACAAAACUGGCUCCCAAAGUGCCUGUGUUUCGAGGCUAUCUAACGGUGCUUGUAUGUGAAGCAGAGGGAUACCCAAAACCAACAAUCAGCUGGGGCAGCAUCACUAAUGUUAUAGCUGAUGGUGGAAAUCUUACUAUAACAGAAGAAACACCUGAGAAUAUUUAUUGCAUUGCAAGCAAUUCCGCCGGCACCACAACCAGAAAUGUAACAGUGGUCUUAAAAGAGGAUCACCUGCCUUUAAUAGCAGGUCUUGUUGCAAUCACAGUGGCAUUCAUUUCAGUCAUCUUCAUCUUCAUCUACUCAAUCUACUACAAAAAAGCCAAGAUGGGCCAAUAUAGCCUGAAGGAUGCCAAACCUAGUGCACAAAAUGGAAAUAUAGCACAGAAUGGCAAAGACAACACUAUCCCCAUGAAGAAACUCUCUCAGAGCAAAAUACCUAUUUACAGAUCAUCUGGAGAGCAGCUUGUGAGAGGAUCUGAGAUCACACUGGAAGUCUCUGGACCACUGCUUAGUGAAUGCCCUGUUCAGCUCAACCCACCGAGAGCUGUUGCGAGGUACGCCAGUUCUGUUUCAGUUAACUGUAGCACUAAUGUCCCUCAUGGUGAGAUGGGAUGGGAAGCCACUGAGGGAAGUGUACCCAUGACCAAUGACAGUCUGAUCACCUGGAAUGUACAAAACCUGAGACAAUGGGACAUAGAGCCAAUCUGCUACAUCAACUAUAAUGGAACACAAUGUGAAUCACGUCUCCCAGUCACUAUUUACAAGACUCCAGACAGUGUGAAGAUCAAGAGUCACAUAGGACCAUUUACUGAAGGCACAGAAAUUUUACUCUUAUGUGACAUUCAGAAUGUGGCUCCGGUUAAUAAUCUCACUGUGAAAUGGUUCAAAGGAGAGACUCUGGUGGAUCUCGCCACCUUCAGUGACAAAACCAAGACUCCAGUGAGUGAAUCUGCAACACUCUUGAUCACUGCAAACAGAACUGAUGAUGGAGUUCAGUACAGGUGUGAAGCAGAACUGAAACUGGGACCAGACGGACCUCAACCUCCUCCUAGAGUGACAUCAGAACCUCUCAAAAUGACAGUUCAUUAUAAACCAAAGCACUCCAGUUCAUUGGAGAUUAUCAAAGAAAAAGAUGGAACGUUCACUCUAAAUUGUACAGUGGUGGCAAACCCGGCUCCUACGUACACUUGGCAGUCCACAUAUUUGCAAGAGAAGAAAACCUCCUCAGUGCUCUCAUCCUCCACACUUACUCCAGGCAACUACACGUGCACUGCCACAAACUUUCUAGGAGAAUCCAGCAAAGUGUUCAUUAUCGAACCUACAGGUCGCACCACAUUCUGGGUUAUUCUUUCAGUCGGCCUGGGGUUAGGUGCAGUAUUAACAUUAUUGGUGUCUUAUUCAAUAUAUAAGAGUAUGUCUUCCCAGAAUUAUGUCAUUUGAUUGACUUGCAAGAGGUGCAUCUCAAAGAGGGACUUUCUACUCAGGGAGUCCAUGAAAAACUUGAUUAUUACGGAUUGUUCUUUAAAUUCCUGGCUUGAUAUGCAUGGCUUUAAAUAUCUGAUCCAGGCGUGAUACAGAUGUGGAAAGAAGAGCUUUGGGGUACUAACACUUUGCUACAAGACACCACUGAUUUCAUUAUCUUCGACAUGAUUGUAUUAAUUUUAAAGGUUAGCUUUUUAAUUUUAUAUAGCUGCAUGAUAUUUAGCUUCUUAAAGUUAGUAUGAAUGAAUGGGGCCAGUCACUAGUAAAUGCCAUAAUCUGAAACUUCAAACUUGAUAUUUGUGUGUGCGCAUGUGUUUUCCUGAUUACUUAUAACACAAAAUGAUGCCUUGUUGUACUCUAUAUAAGAACUCUAAUGGUACUUCCACAUAAAAAAAAUGGUUACAAUAAGGCAUAAUUUUAUAUUAUACACACACAGUGGAUAUAAAAAGUCUACACACCCCUGUUAAAACAACAGGUUUUUGUGAUGUAAAAAAUUAAAGAUAAAUCAUAUCAGAUUUUUUUCUGACAUCACUACAAGAGCCAUGGGCCACAAAGAGCUUACAAAGCAUCAGUGGGAUCUCAUAGUUGAAAGGUAUCACUCAGGUGAGGGCUACAAAACAAUUUCCAAGGCAUUAAAUAUACCAUGGAACACAGUGAAGACAGUCAUCAACAAGUGGAGAAAGUAUGGCACAACAGUGACAUUAUCAAGAACAGGAUGUCCCUCCAAAAUUGAUGAGAAGACAAAGAGAAAACUGGUCAGGGAGGCUGUCAAGAGGCCUACAGCAAUAUUAAAGGAGCUGCAGCUCUUUCUGGCAAGUACUGGUUGCUUCCUACAUGUGACAACUAUCUCCCGUAUUCUUCAUCUGUCUGGGCUAUGGGGCAGGGUGGCAAGAUGCAAGCUUUUUCUGACGAAAAAAACAAAACACCCAAGUGAAGAGAUCUUUCAGCAUGACAGUGAUCCAAAGCACACAUCCAAAUCAACAAAAGAAUGGCUUCAGCAAAAAAAGAUUAAUGUUUUGGAAUGGCCUAGCCAGAGCCAGACCUGAAUCCUAUAGAAAAUCUGUGGGGGGACCUGAAGAGGGCCAUACACAGGAGAUGCACUCGCAAUUUGACAUAUCUGGAACGUUUUUGCAGAGAAGAGUGGGAAAAUAUUCCCAAGUCAAAAUGUGCCAAGCUAAUAGACUCUUAUCCAAACAGACUGAGUGCUGUAAUAAAAUCAAAGGGUGCUUCAACUAAGGGAUCAGUGUGUUCAGGGAAGUGCACACUUAUGCAGUUAGGUUAUUCUAAGUUUUUUAUUUUAUUUUUCUCUGAAAUGUGUCACUUUGGUUUUCAGUGGCAUUGCAUAGGUUGUAAUUUUUGCAUUAAAGGUGCAAAAAAUUCUGAUAUGAUUUCUUUAAUUUUUUUUACGUCAUAAAAACCUGCUGUUUUAAUGGGUGUUUAGACUUUUUAUAUCGUGUGUGUGUGUGUGUGUGUGUGUGUGUGUGUGUGUGUGUGUGUGUGAGAGAGAGAGAGAGAGAGAGAGAGAGAGAUAGAU